AUGGACACACGGCAUCGACAUGAUGCUCCGACAACACCGUCGGAAUGGCCGUCCUCCAGCCUCUCCUCAACGCCGACGCCUUCAUCGAAAAGCACUAUCCCACCUUCCAAGCAAGUCGUCCUCAACAUCGCCGCCUCGGGCGGAACACUAUCAAACACCGACAUGCCCUCUCGCCGCGAGAUAGCACCAUACGAGGCCUUCAUCUGCGAGAGACUGACGCGGGAAGUCAGCAAAUGUGAUGCCUUGGGGAGCAAUUCUGUGCAAAGUCCAGCAAGCUCGUCUACCCAGGCCUCACUCUCCGGCGUCUUGCAGGAGGCGGCCACGGCAAUACAGUACCAUGCCAAAUGGUUCGCGCCUGCUGCCCUUUCCAAUCUGCUGCAGACGGCGUUGAACGUUGCCAGCAGAUCGUCCUCGACGGCGGACUUGUAUGCAGCGUUGGAUCUCAUCGAUACGGUUUGCACCUAUUCUCUCCUCCCUUGUUUGGUGCCGGCGGUACGUUUCAUUGCGUAUGCAUACUACCAAGGCAGUCGAUCCAACAGACAUAAAAGGCUGAGCCAGCACGCUUGGGCUGUUGCACAACAUAUCCUGGAAUCGCACCUCGGGGGACAAUUUGCAGGCGCAUUGCUUCAAGUCAUCAGCGACCCUUAUGAUGGCAGAUCCAAGUACCACUUCGCUGCGAGCGUCGGAGCUUUGAUGAUGACCACCAACAAGCUGUUCGCAGACCAUGAAGCACAAGCCCAUAAUAUGCAACCAACGCAGCUCCUCAUCGGCCUUCGCGAAACAUCCAUUGCGAACAACGCUAUACUUCGAGAACAGGUCACUAUCUUGCUAGGCACAAUGCUCCAGGAUGAUGCCAUUACGGAUCAAGUCGAGGCGGACGCUGGUCUGGACAUUUGGCUGAAUCUGGUAGAGCGUUGCGUCGAACAACCGAGCGACAAGGAGGCGUUGGAGGUAUUGUUCACCGGACUACAAACCAGGGUGGCUAGGUUCGAAGCACGGCAUCAUCCAGCUCUAGCUCAACUUUUCGUCCAGGCCAGGAGGCCUCUGCCUAAGAACCUAUCUAGCCAACUGUUGGACCCGUGGCAGCGUGCAUUGCUCCUUGAAGAAGAGACCGUUUGGACUUCCGGCUACCGCAGCAUGCUUGGAAAGCUUUGCGAUUCUUCGCUCUACCUGGAAGAGCUCGACGCUUUCAUCACUACUAGCGUAUCCGCUUACUUCCAGACCGACAACUUUAUGGCAAGAAAAGAUUUUGUUUAUACUUUGGAGACUUUGAUAGUGGACCCCACGACUGCUGCUCCCGCUGUGGACAUUCUGGCAAGAGGUGUCGUACGAAUAUUUGCCCAUAAGACGCAGAAAGAGAAAUGGGAAGGACAGCGCAAUUGGCUCUUUCCCUUGCUUUGUGGCCUGGCGAAACAUAGUCUUGAAGCGACAAGGCUUCUGCUGAGAAUUCGUGCCGACGAGGCUGGCCAGGGAUAUCUCGAACCAGAGCGGACGAACGAGGAUGAAAUGGUGCUCGACAAACGACCGAAGCCUACCUCCAAUUUGUAUGGCUUCACAGCGCUAUCCCUCGAGGCUUGGGUCAGUGCAGUGGAAGGGAUGAUCUAUCAGGAACCGACUCGAUGGGACAUAUACAAUGCACUUCUGAAAGACCUGGCGCCGCAGAUUCGUAACCAUGCCCUGUGGCGGGACAGGUCCGAGCACAUCAUCGCACUGCGGCAGGCACUGUGCAAGUGCCUUGAUACCGACAUCUUUCUUGAGCCUCCAGCGCAAGCUGGCGUCAGCAAGUCAUACGUAAUCGGACAGCUUCUUCAGAUCUUGACAGCUACCAUCAGCUAUCAUCGUCAGAUACCCAGGAACGAUAUCAAAGCUGCGAUCAAGACCGUAAUCAACGUGGCUGGCUCGCGCGACCACACUGUCAGCAUCCAUUGCAUUCAUGCGCUGACAAUCUGCUGCUAUGAACUGCCUGAACUCAUGGCUGGCUACAUGGACGCGUUGAUCAACAAAAUGGCACGUAUGGUGACUCAAAGGAACUUGGCACUGUAUGUUCUGGAGUUCUUUGCUGGACUCUCCCGGUUCCGAGAUCUGCAAGACAGGUUGCGCCGGGAUGACUUCAAGCGCAUAUUUGGAGUCUGCCAUAGCUACCUUCAGUCAGUGCGAAGCACGUCAGUGCUCGAACGCAAGCGCACACCAACAAGUGAACAAAGUGCCGCUUUGAGCAGCAGUACCUCUAGCGAUGACAGUGUUCAAUACGUCUAUGCCCUGGCACAUCAUGUGAUCACUUUCUGGUAUAUGGCGCUCAAGCGCGAGGAUCGACAUGGACUUAAGGAGUACAUCACGAGCUGUUUGCGGUACACUGAUCUCGAAGGGCAUGAGCACAUCGAGGAUCAAGGACUGGUCACGAUCGAUCUUAUGGAUCGUGUCGAUGCGGAAGAGACCACAACCACUCCCGGUCAAAGCAUUUUCACGGAGAACGACGGCCGAAUCAUUACACGCCACCGUGUGACCGGAAUACUGUUGAUCACGACGGACACUGCUCUUAGGACGGGGAAGACACUCGUGACCAUUCGAAGACCCUCUGGCACGGCCGAGAGACUAAUACAGUCUCGCAAGCGCCAUGACAGUGUGGUACCCGCAGACCUCGAAGCUCGAUUUACCGCAUCGGUCACGGUCGAAAGUGAUGACCAAGACUAUAUUGCAGUCUUCCCUGAGGACGUUCUAGGACGAACAUAUGGCAAGGUAGCCAUUCCUCGACCAUCAUCGGCACUCGGAUCCCUGGAGAUCAUCACGCUGCCGGAAGAAGAUGCGGUCGACCGUGCCAUCAAGUCCUUCGAUCGAACAUCUGCACUGGACUCUCACAAAGCCGGCAUCAUCUUCGUGGGCGAAGAGCAGACUACAGAAGCCGAGAUCCUGCUGAACCAGUCAGGCACUCCAGACUAUCGCGAGUUCCUGGAAGAUAUGGGUUCUAUACGCAGUCUAAAAGGCGCGACCUGGAACGCGCAAGGACUGGAUCGCUCCCAAGAUGCCGUCGAUGGCGAGUUUACGAUUGUGUGGAACAACGAGGUGACCGAACUCGUUUAUCACAUAACGACAUAUAUGCCCCGUGACCCAGGCGGCGACGACCAAUUGACAAUUAUCAACAAGAAGCGACACAUUGGCAACGACUAUGUGAACAUUGUGUUCAACAACAGCGGCAAUGACUUCCGCUUCGAUACGUUUCCAUCUGCCUUCAACUACGUCUACAUCAUCAUCUCGCCUUCAGAGCGAACGAGCUUCCUACAAGCCCGAGAGAUAACGGCCUCGAAGGAAAAGAAAGAUCGCUUCUACAAUGUCCACUGCAUUACACGACCGGGGUACCCGAACCUCUCCUCGGCAGCUGAGGUGAAGGUCAUCUCCGGCGCAUCUUUAGGUGGCUAUAUUCGCAACCUGGCAUUGAACGCAUGCGUGUUCUCGGCGAUGUGGCAGGCAGGCGAUGACAUGGGCGAGUACCCUUCAUCCUGGCGCCAACGAUUGCAUAUGAUCAGAAGGCUCUACAAACAAUAUCAGCCCAAGUGGUAG